UUAGUCUAAAAAAUCUGUUCCUAAAUUGUGAUCGACAUACGCUAUCAUACAUAUAUGUAGUUUCAAAACGUACAGUACUUUCUCGCCAACUACCCGCGUGGAGUCACCUCAAUUACUAUGCGACUGAAAUGAGAUGUAUUUGUUAACUGUCACAUUGGCGCUAGUAUCAACGCAAAUAUUUCGGAAAAGAAAGAGAGAUCCGACUAUUUCUAUCGAUAACUACGGACAAUAGAAACAAAUUCAGUUAAACCGUAACAAAUGUCAUUCACUUCAUAAGUUCACAAAAAGCUGUAUUGCGUGUACUUAUUUGAGAAUUUCGUUGAAUUUUCCAUCAGAAUCUCAUGGUAACUUAUUUGAGAAAUAAAAAUAUGAGUGCUUAAAAAUGACUGAAAACAAUCGAAAAAGGUGCAGAAAAUCUAAACUAGUGCCGAGGGAAUGUGUUGACUAUGUCGAAGAUGAAUCGGUUUUGCAGCAGCCAGCCCAAAAGAAACUCCUUCUAGAAAAAAUCAAGAAAGAACCAGAAGACUACAUCCCGCAUGAACACAACCCAUCUACGCAUAAAUUCUCAGUGGAAGUGGAAAUCGAGGGCAUGGACACCGCAGCCCCGGAUGAGGACGCCCCCGACUACAUGAAGUAUCUCUUCAGUCUGUCCAAAGAAUCGGAAGACACUGCGGAGAACACACAAAACUUAGAUUUUGCUGAUAAUAGUUUACUUCUGGAACAGAAACUUACCGUUCCAGUGACCGAGGAAGAGAAAACUUGCGUUGUAGAUGUGAAGAAAUUGCAGAAAAUGCUAGUUAUACUGCAUAGGAAGUACCCAAAGGAGCUAGAAGUUGUGAUGCAUUGUAGGAAUCAAUGGGGGCGGGCGUUCCAUGAGAAAUCUCCUAUGGAAUUCAAGAAAGCUCCUAAAGAGAUCCUCUUACAAGACGUACUUUGUAGAUGGAAGCAGUGGACAGUAGUUACUAGAGCUAGAGAGAGUCCUUACUGCUAUAAAUGCUAUAUUUGCGACAACGGUUGGUGGACAUACACAGACUUUGUUACACAUUUAUCUCAGCAUACAACGUAUAAACUGCAAAUUCAAACUAGAAACUUGGAGUGUGAUAUAGUUGCGUACGAAGGCGACACACCGGGCGUUAAAGACGUUGAAAUACAUGGAAAAUGCACUAAAUGUGCUAAAACUUAUAACCACCAUUUGACUAAUAAGAGAGCUACGGAUGUAUAUUACUACUGCAACUAUUGCGAUGAGAGAUUUCAAACGUGUAGAACUUUAACUAAACAUGAAGGCGGAUGCCCUCGGAAUCCCAUAAGAGUCCUAGCGAUCUCUAGAGCGGGAAAAGAAUACUCAUUCUCCGAUUUCUCCUGCGAAGUAUGUAAAACUCUUUUCUUAAGUAACCCUGAUUUGGAAGAGCAUAUGAUCAUAUGCCACAAAGUGCGAUCAGACGAACCUAUAGUCACCGUGUUCAAGACAUGCAAAGAUUGCGAGCAAAACUAUUCUAACUUCUACUUCCAUGUGUGUUUGAAGAAGAACUUUGUCACGGAAUGCAAGCAUUGCUUUAGAAAAUUUCAGAAUAAACAAAUGCUAGAGCAUCAUUAUAAGAUGUGGGACAAAAUAGUGCAGUGUAGACUUUGCGAUAAGUAUUUGGUGAAAAGUUGUAUGGCAGCGGAGCACUAUGCGUUGCAUAGUGAACAGUUCCUGUUGGUGCAUCGGUGUCUGGUGUGCAAGAAGAUCAAGGUGUUUGCGAGCGAUGAAGCGAUGAGGAACCAUGUCACCAAGUAUCAUAAGAGGUUUGAUGCGAGAAGGCCGAAAACAGACAAGAUAAUUAUUCCAACAAUAAUGCUGCAGCAGUGUAUGGUCGAUAAAAGUAAGUUAUUAGCGAGAGGGGAGGCACUCCGCUACCAUGGAGUGCCUCAUUAUCUGAGGCGCGUCAUACAGCAAUACCUGACGGGGCGGGUAGUGCUCUAUGAGCAGAGAGGUGUCCGGGGCGCGAGGGCCAUGGUGUGUGGGGUCCCACAGGGGUCUGUCCUGGGUCCCCUCCUGUGGAACCUCGGUUACGACUGGGUGAUCCGGGGGUCGCAGCUUCCACGCAUGGUCACCGUAUGUUAUGCGGACGACACACUGGUGGCCGUACGGGGAAAGCAGCUGGAAGAGGUGCUCAGAAGGGCAGCGGUAGCGACCGAGCUCACGGUGCACCGCAUAGGACUCCUGGGGCUUAGGGUCGCACUGCCGAAGACCGAGGCCAUGGUCCUCGGGCGAAUGAGGGCGUGGGGGCAGCUGCCGGCGGGCACUGCAGUGAGGGUGGGGGGCGAAGCUGUCCAGGUCAAGGCCCACAUUAAGUACUUGGGCCUUGUCCUGGACAGAAGAUGGUCCUUCGAGGAGCACUUUGCGAGACUGGCUCCUCGUCUCGUUGGUGCUGCCUCGGCUCUGGGCCGCCUACUGCCUAAUCUGGGGGGGCCGAAUGCCCCAUGUAGGCGGCUAUAUGCGGGGAUCGUCCGGAGCAUGGCGCUCUACGGAGCGCCAAUUUGGGCUGGACGACUGACGGGACGCGCGAGGGCAUUGCUCCGUCGGCCACAGAGGGUGCUGGCCCAGAGGAUGGUGAGGGCCUACCGCACCACCUCUCACGCAGCAGCAUGCCUCCUUGCCGGCACCCCGCCUUGGGAGCUGGACGCAGGGGUGCUGGCGGACAGGUACCGGCUGAGGGCGGAAGCCAGGAGGCGUGGGGAGCUCCCAGACGCGGAGGAGGCCGAGAGGGUGAUGCGGGGAGCCGCGGAGCGCCUGCGAGAGAGAUGGAGGGAGGCCUUGGAGGAUAGCCACUAUGGAACCCGAACCAUAGGGGCUAUUCUCCCGAUAAUGGACGAGUGGGUGGAUCGGGGCAAGGGGGCCCUGACAUAUAGGGUGACGCAGGUGGUGUCCGGACACGGCUGUUUUGGACACUACCUGCACAAAAUACAGAGGGAGCCGGGGCCUCAGUGCCACGAAUGUGGCGCAGCGGAUGACACGGCUCAGCACACUCUGGAGGAGUGUAAUCGCUGGGCCGUGGAAAGAGCUUUCCUCAGGGCAGCGACGGGGGUGGCGGACCUCUCGCUACACAGCAUAAUAGCGGCGAUGCUGGGUAGCGAGAGGAAAUGGGAAGCGGUGGCCUCCUUCUGCGAAGAGGUUAUGUCGCAGAAGGAGGAGGCGGAAAGGGAGCGAGAAGCGGCUGCUGACGCGCUUCCUCUUCGACAUACUCCGAAGCCCGUACUAAAAUCGACCACCGCUAAAUCAACUAGUAAAGAGGGCUUCAAACUCACACGAGGCGAGACAGUAUCACAUGUUCGUGUCUACGUGCCAGUACAUAAAAACAAGCCUCAUAAAACCGACGAUGAUGAAUCUCAAUUGACAAAUACAACUAUAGCUCACGACGAUACAAUCACUAUGAGACCAGACGCCGAGCCUACAGAUAUCACUCCUGUACGGAUAAAACAAGAAAAAGAUGAAACUGUAAACAUACCACCACUGGUACCUAUAAAUAUAACAGUGCCGUUACCUGAAAAACUAACAGGAAUCAGCGAAAAGGCAAUUAAAGUAGAAAAAAUGGAUAUUGAAGAGGAAAAGAUAACAGAAGUCGCACCAGGCGCUCAAAAUCCAGUUAGUAAGGAAAAAGAUUUUAACAAAGAUAAAGAAGUUAACAAAGAAAAAGACGAUCGUAAAGACAUGAAUAACAUAAUGGCAGAAUUGACAGAAUUUCUCGAUAUCAAACCUGAUAUUGUCAAAGAGGAAAAACUGUCAGAUGACGAAGCGGCGCAGGCUACGAAGGAACUCACGAAUUUACUACAAAUGUCAAACACGGAUACUGACAUAUCCAAAGUUUUUAAAGCUUCAAGCGCUUUUGCAGAAGAAAUAACAGACAACUCGGAACAUUCUACAGUAUUCCAGAUAUCUAAAACAGUGCUAGAGUCGGUGAAACAAGAAAAAGACGUAGCCCAUGAAGGUGAGGAUCCAAUAGCGGUGAGCCCUAAUACUUCAAGUCAGAGUGUCAGUGAAACUUCAGAUUUGAGCUCGUUAAAUUUAGAACCAGAAGUCAUACUGAAAGCCGGUUAUAGAAAGAGGAAAAUCUACAAAUGUAAUAAGUGCGAUUUCUCAGGAUUCCACAGAGAAUAUAAGGAGCAUACUAAUAAUCAUUGCAGCAAGCCUAUCGCUCAAGAAUUCAUUUCUGAUGUCUACUAUAAUUGCACGAAAUGUGACAGAGGAUUCGCUACUUUAAAAAAGUACGCUUUACAUUUUGAAAAGCAUGGCUACCGGUACAUGUCGUGCCCGCAAUGCGGUCAAAAUUUCGAAAGUCUAACUAAACUGAUGCCACAUUUGAACGGCCAUUUGAAAGCGCAGUUCUUUAAGCUGCAACUUAUAAAAAGCUGCGAAGACAUUGAUAACUGUAAAGUGUAUGAGUGUAAGAAUUGUAAGGAGACGGUCGAUCAGGAGAAAUGGUUCGAGCAUUGGGAGCGGCACCUAAAGCUGCUUGAGCCAGCGGGGAAGGCUCCGCAGGAAAAUAUAAAGGUUGGAGAGAACGGUGAACGGUCUCUUAAUGCAAGCUCGCUGAAGGAAGUCUUAGAGACCCUCACCAAACAGUACACCAACGAGAACCGGCGCGCGAAAGCCUGCAUCGUGUGUUCCCGUGUCUUCGAGCGCAAGAACGACACAAAGCGCCAUCUAGUCGAGCAUCUUCUAGAAGACGCUUACGCCAACAUACUCACCAACCAGAUGCUCAAAUGCCAAAUAUGCGGGGACCUACACAAGAAACCAGAUAAUUACAAGAAACAUAUGAGAGAUCACGCGAACUUACCUAUAUACAAAUGUGGGUUAUGUAAUAAAACGUUCAGUGAUUCUAGUAAUUUCACUAAACAUAAGAAGAUACAUAAUUUGAAGGCGUACAUAUGUGAUAUUUGCAGUAAGAAGUUCCAAGCGAAAGCGUCUUUGGAGAAACAUAUACAGAUGCACAUGGAAACAGACCCUAUAACGUGCGACCAGUGCCAGCGCGUGUUCUACGACCGCUCCUUCUACAAGCGCCACUACCGGCAGCACCACGACAAGAUACUCACCAAGUUCAGAUGCAUGCUCUGCCGCGAGAAGUUUGCGUCGCUCCGCGAGAAAUGGGACCAUCUGUGGUACAUACACAAACAGCGGAAAGAGAAGGCCGACUGCCCUAUAUGCGGCGUCUCGUACAGGAAGUUCAACGAUGUGAAAAAACACGCUUUGCAGAUACACGGCAAGUCCAUCACACUCUCGAGUCUGUGGAGUUUGCUCAGCAAGAUCAAGGGUACAGAGGACUUGCAGCGGAUGCAGGAUAAAGGGGAGGGGAGUAAGAGUGGGGUGAAAGAGGAAGUGGCCAGCAGCGAUGAUGAUUGUUUGUUGAUAGAGGAAGAACACGAGACUCUGGUUGUCUAUGACUAA